GGAAACGGUCACGUGGCGGGGGCUGGCUGGCUGGGUGAAUGUGCCGGGCGGGCUUCGGGGUAGCCUGGGCCUGAGAGCGGUGGAGGGCGGGUGCGAGAUCGGAGCCGAGGGGGCCGCAGUGCAGCUAGGGGGCGGCUGGCCAGGGGCGAGCGGGCGCGCUUGGGGCCUGGGGCAGAAGGCAGGGGACGCCGCCGUUCGGGGCCUUCCUCGGGACCUGCGCUGUUCGCAGAGGAGCUCCCUGGUCGCGUUGAGGGGGGCCGGGAAGGCUCACGUUUGCGCGGAAAGGCUCUGGGCGGGACGGGGCCUCGCUCGAAUCAAAAGGCUGGGAGGGAGGUCGGUGACCCACCCAGGGAGAAGCGAAGGCUGGAAUUCGGGUUUCGAAAGCGCUCUGUUGGUCUAGAGUGCCUCGGCGAAGGUUGCGGAGGAGCACAAGGAAGGGCCCCUGGCGCGAACUGAGAGCUUUCCUGGAGGCUGUGGGGAAGGAAACCCCUCUACGGUGUGGGUCCGUGAAAGCUCUGUGUGUGGGGGGCGGGGGUACUUAUAGGAAAGACGGGCACCUGAAGGAAGGUUGAGGGGCAACUCAUAAUUUGAUUUUUGUUCGCUUUCCACAUUAGGCUGUAAGUGGCGCGUCUGUUGAGGGUUAGGUUAGGUAAUUGAGGCUUAAGCUACAGCAGGGGAAAAGGAGUCUCUAUCCCGGCACUAGAGAUUUCCCUUUCUUCCUCUGAAGUGUGAUCGCAAGGCUUCUUAGGGUCGUCCUUCGAGAAAUCUGUGGAGUCGGGCUGACAUCUUUGCUGUGUGUGUGUGCGUGCUUCAGUUUGGCUUUGCCACUUCUAGAAAUAGGCCACUAGUUUUUAGGGCGGGGGGAGAUUGGCUAGGCACUGUUUCUUAACAGGGGUAGGCUUGGAACAGUGCUGUAGUCAGGCCUUUCACAUCCUUGGGGUCCUCUGCUGUCGGCUACCUGCAUCCAAGACUAGCUUUAGACCAUGCAGAAAGAGGAAUUGGGCAUGGAUGAGAACCGCAACCCUGAGGAAGAGCUGCGUCUUCUGGGGGGAAAGAAGGAGAAAUGCCACAGCCUCAGCAACCGCAUCCGGACAGGAGCUGGAGCAGAGCUGGGCUACAGGCCAAGCCAGGGCUCCAGAGAAGGUUCCUGGGAGUCCAACGGCUAUUCUGCAUCCUCAGAGAUCGCCGAUGAGCCCAGCGUUCCCUUAAGCCCUUCUAACAGCCUUAACAUCCGCAACCUCCAAUUGUCUGAGCGAGACCCUCCGGUCACCCACCACCCCCACCGCUAUCCCCAUCGCUUCUACCAUGGCCGGCCCUUCCAUGCAGCUGCCUACCGCAAGACCUACCGAGGCAGCCCCUCUGAUCGCAAGGAAUGGGGACCCAGCACCAACGGCCACCACUGCGCUCCUGAAAGCAUUUCUAAUGGGCGGUGGCAGCACCGUCGCCGUGGCUAUUCUGACCCACCGUCUCCAUCGUCAUCUCCGGAAUCGGAACGAGACAGCGCCAUCAAAGUCGGCGAGAAGCCUGCCGUUACAUCAAAUGCCACCAAUUCAGCCACCGAGGAUUCUGGGAAGGAAACAUGGUCGCUUUUCCGGCCACUUCCUGCUUUCCCGGUUGAUAGCAGCAGCGCCCGGAUCAUUCCUAAGAUCUCUUAUGCUAGCAAGCUGAAAGAGAACUUGGAUCAACCAGGGAAAGCCUGCCAUGUUCCUGCCUCAGCCGUCCGCACCACCAACAGCCUCCCCAACUGUGUCCUGGCGCCACCCCCAAGCAGUCCCCCACCCUCUGACAGCAGCCGGCAGCAGCACCUGGGAGCCAUCUUUCAGAAUGAGUGGGGCUUGUCCUUUAUCAAUGAUCCAGGAGCAGGGCAUGGAGGGGGUGGUGGGACUGCACCAGAGAAGGAUGUGGAAGAUGCAAACACUGGAGCAUGCUGGGAGAAAAUGGAAGCCGAUGACUGGCAAGCUGCAAGAAAUUAUCACCUGGAAGAAUGGACUCAUAUAUGGGAGCUACACAGUCAAGCUCCUAGCAAAGUGACGGUCUAUGUGGACACCUUGGAUGGAAAGGGUUAACACCGAGGAUUCCUUGGGGAAGCACUGCUAAGAUCCGGGGGGUGGGGGGGCACGGGGGAGAGGCAAGGCAUCCCCCCCACCCCACCCCAUGAAGACUGGAGAAGCCCGGGCAUCCUGAAAGGGGAAGCUAUGCCACCUGCCUCCCUUCCUCCCUCCCUCAUCCUAAUGCUGUUAUAGCCCAAAUUGUCCUGGAUGGGGCUGAAGUCUCACCCUCCCCGCCCCCUCCGAUUUAAUGCUCUGGUUUUUAAUUUCUUCACAUGGUUUUUAAUUUCUCUGGAUU